UUUCAGCUCAGUUCGCUCGAAUCGUGAUUAUGGCCGACACCAGCCUCAAAUUUCCUCACAAAAUCGAGGCUUUAGACCCCGAGACAAACGCUGAAAUAUCGCGCAAUUUUUCAGGGGGUCUCAAUCACCUCGUCCAAGUCGGCCCCCAGAAAAUGCUAAUCCCGAGCGAAUUCUGCAACGAGUGUGACAAUUACUACAAUUUUAAGUUUCGAAAGGGGGAUGUUAUCGUCAUGGGCUACCCCAGAUCUGGUACCACAAUGACCCAGGAGAUGGUUUGGUUGAUGUUGAAUAAUUUCGACUUGAGAAAAGCUCUGGAUACUUCGUUAAUCGUCCGGGUGCCUCUUUUGGAGUCGAGGUCACUCACGACGAAAGAAACCAUCGCUGCGGUCAGUGCUACCAACCAAGGGGCCGAAAAACUGAAAUUGUACCGGUCCUCCAUGGACUUUUUGAGGGCCAAUCCGGGCCGAAGAGUCAUCAAAACGCACUUGCAUUUCAAUUUUUUGCCCCCGGAUUUGUUAAAUUGUGGUUGUAAAAUUAUUUAUGUUGCUCGUAACCCAAAGGACGUCGUCGUGUCCCUAUACCACCUCCAACGCACCAGUCAGGGCCGCCAAUACACCGGCGACAUUUCAACUUUUUUAAACUAUUUUACUUCGGAUUUAACCCUCUUUGCCCCCUACUGGACUCAUCUGAGUCAAGGCUGGGAACGCCGCCACUCCCCAAACGUGCAUUUUAUUUUUUACGAGGAUUUUAUACAAAAUCGCAGACAUCACAUUACAAGCAUCGCGAAUUUUAUCAAUCAAAAACUCACAACCGAACAAGUGGAACUGUUGGAGGACACACUCGAGUUUUCCCAUUUCAAAAAAUACAUGUCGAGAGGGGUGGAUAGAGACAUGAACACGAAGCAGGACGUCAAUGAUGAUUUUAUAAGGAAGGGGGAGAUUGGUGGUUGGAAGGAAUAUUUCACUGAAGAGAUGAAUCAGAAAAUGGACAAAUGGGUCAAGGAAAAUGUGGCCCGAACCGGAAUCGAGUUUCCUCUAGAGUUUUAAAUUUACCAUUUUAAUUGUAGAUAAUAAAGAGUUUUAAUUACAGCA